UGCAUGCAUGGCAGAAGAGAGAAGGGUUGGGGGGUUUGUUGCCUGGACAACGCCAUUUUGGAGUGAUUAUACACGUCACUUGGAUGCUGUGAUGGUCGGGAGGAGGGAUAAAGCUCACAGAUCUUCUGUAAGUGAUGGAUAAGAAAGGGAACAUGCGGCGCGCAACUUCAGCUGGAUAUCGUUUACCGGACCGACCCAACGGCCCUCUCGCUUCUCAGUCUUCUGUCUCAGUGUUUAGACAUUCAGCAGUUAGGACACGAAACACCAGUGAGACUCCGGCGCAACACGAUGAUACCCGUGAUCCGGUAAAGCAGGACCAGAUCUGGAGAGAGUUUGUGCGCACCGAGCGGAGCGGCGUAAAGGAAUGGGAGAAGAACUGGAGUUUUCUGAAGAACUUUGACCAGAUGGGUCAUCCGCGUACAGAAACUCCUCUCCCCACCUCUGUGUCUUUGUAUUCAGAUAGAGUCCCAAAUACCAGUAACCAAAUGUUCGGCAGUGGCUUGUACACUGAGCUGGGCAAGGAGCUGAUUCGAAUGGACAAACUGAUAACCCUGACAGCAAACCACCGAAAGUCCAAAAGGAAUCCAGAGAUGCAACCCUGCUAAGUUUAGGAUCUGUUAAGUAACACUCUCUAAUGUUCUAGCAAAGAUCUGUUCCAUUCUCUAGAAAUCUUCUCGUGGGACUUUCUGUUUGUUUUCCUGCCUCCACCCAUGUGCUUAGACAAACUUUCCUUAUUUUGAUGCUUUAGUGGAUGAUUUUUGUUAUACAGCAGUUUUCAUGAUGAUAUAAUUUUGGUAUAGCCCUAUAUUUUUAAACAGACCAAAUCUUUUCUGCCAACUUCUAAAUAUUUGGUUGUAUAUUGUAUGUAUGGUUUUUUUUAAUGCUUGGCAGAGGCAUUUAUGGGUGGCUAAAUAACAUUUUGUGUUGUCAUUAAUGCAUCUUUCAAGAGUUUCAAAAUCUGUAAUUUAUGGUGAUUGAUUAAGAAUUUUCUAUAAAAAAAGACUAUUUGCAUUGUCAGUUUUUUAAAGGAACAUCAAAUUCAAAUUUGAUAAAUGCAAUUUUUGCUUUUUUAAUGUAUAAAUGCAUAAGUCAUUGUGUAUGUUUGUAUGCAUUUGGUGUGUUAGUUGUGUUCGUUAUGUUAUAAAAACAAAGCUAUGUACAUUUAUUAAAAGUUUACAAAUAGCAGUAACUAAUGGAGACAUUUUUUGCCAAUACCACUUAAAUGUAUGUGUAAAAUCUUGCCAAAUUGCCUCUUCAAAUAAAGUUAU